CAGCUCGGUCCGUUCCUGCCCGUGCACUCGCCCGCUCACACCCGCUGCCUCCCUCACGGAGCGGGAGGUCGUACCAUCAGCGCCGCUUCUCUUCCUAAGCCGAGGGGGACCUCCUCCUCACUUCGGAGAUGCAAUGACAAGUUAAUAUGGGCGUUCAAGCCUCGAUUUCCCAGGAGGAGCAUCGUACCAGGCAACAGUCCCUGAGCUCGCCUAGCCCUUGAAUAGGCCUCCCAGGAAGCGCGAGAGGACCCAACCGCAGCAUCCGUCCAGGUGGGACCAGCUGAGCGCGCCACCGACCAGCAGCUUCGUCUCUCAUCCCCGCAUCCCUAAGGCGCGAUCGCAGGAUUGCCUCGAGCUCUCCCCACCCUCCGAACCGGGUUUUUCCCCCCCUCCUUCGCUGCUGCUGGUGGUGGGCGCCUCGCGGGCCGAGUCCCCGGCGCCUGCUCUGCUUGCCCGAGCUGCCUUUAGCGGUCGCCUCCGCCGCCGCUGCCAGGGACGUGCUGGGAAAGCCGAAGCCCCGGGAGAAGAUGCCGGCCAUCCUGGUCGCCUCCAAAAUGAAGUCGGGACUGCCCAAACCCGUGCACAGCGCCGCGCCCAUCCUGCACGUGCCCCCGGCCCGGGCCGGCCCCCAGCCCUGCUACCUCAAGUUGGGAAGCAAGGUGGAGGUGAGCAAGACCGCCUACCCCAGCCAGAUCCCGCUGAAAUCGCAGGGGCUGCAGGAGCCGGCGGGGGAGGGGCUCGCACUGCGCAAGAGUGGCUCGGUGGAGAACGGGUUCGAUACCCAGAUCUACACGGACUGGGCCAAUCAUUAUCUCGCCAAGUCGGGUCACAAACGUCUCAUCAAGGAUCUCCAGCAAGAUGUGACAGAUGGCGUCCUCCUGGCCCAGAUCAUCCAAGUUGUGGCAAAUGAAAAGAUAGAAGACAUCAAUGGCUGUCCAAAGAACAGAUCGCAAAUGAUUGAAAACAUAGAUGCCUGCUUGAAUUUCCUGGCAGCUAAGGGAAUAAACAUCCAGGGGCUGUCUGCCGAAGAAAUCCGAAAUGGAAACCUCAAGGCCAUUCUAGGCCUGUUCUUCAGCCUUUCCCGGUACAAGCAGCAGCAGCAGCAGCCGCCAUCCCAGAAGCAGCUCCUCUCCUCUCCGCUGCCGCCCAGCGUGACCCAGGCGGCCGGGGCCCCCUCCCAGUGCCAGGCUGGCACUCCUCAGCCACAGGUGCCGGCCACUCCCCAAGCCCCGUGCCAGCCUCUCCAGGCAGCACCACCGCAGCCGGCCAAAGCACAAGCUGACAUGCAAUCCAGUGCAUCACCCAAGGAUUCAUCUCAAAGCAAAAUCAUCCGCUUCACUCUGGGUCAGAAAAAGAUCUCUAGACUUCCAGGUCCCACUGCAAGGGCAUCUGCUGCAGGCAGCGAGGCCAAGACACGUGGAGGGUCAGUUGCUGCUAACAACCGCCGCAGCCAGAGCUUUAACAACUAUGACAAGUCCAAACCAGUCACCUCCCCGCCCCCACCAGCCAGCAGUCAUGAAAAAGAGCCUUCGGUGAGUCCAGCCUCCUCCCAUCCGGGCAUGAGCGAGAAUGCAUCUGCCGCACUGGAGUGCUCCCUGCCUGCUAGCUGCAGCUCCUCCUCAGCCAUCCCCCAGCCCGGGGCCACAUCCAAGCCCUGGCGUAGCAAGUCAUCGGGCAGUGUGAAGCCCAGCACCACAUCGUGCAUGCUGUCUGUCAAACAGCCCGUGCCUGAGAGUCCCCGGCCCAGCCCGGAAGCCAUGAAGCCAGCCCCCAACAAUCAGAAGUCCAUGCUGGAGAAGCUCAAACUUUUCAACAGCAAAGGGGCUUCCAAGGCGGGUGAGGGCCCGGGCUCCCGGGACACGAGCUGCGAGCGGCUGGAGAGCCUCCCCAGCUUUGAAGAGAGCGAAGAGAUGGAGAUCCCCGGCCGCACGCUCUCUGCCCUAGGCCCCUCGUCCAGCAGCCCCAAAAUCGCCCUCAAGGGCAUUGCGCAGAGGACUUUUAGCCGGGCACUCACCACCAAAAAGAGCUCCCCAAAAGGCAACGAGAAAGAAAAGGAGAAGCAACAGCGGGAGAAGGAGAAGGAGAAAAGUAGGGACCUGGCCAAGAGGGUGUCGGUGACAGAGAGGCCCGACCUCCGGGAGGGCACCAAAGAAGACCUGGGAGGGGCUGCCGUGAUCGAGAUGCCAAAAAAGUCCUCCAAGAUUGCCAGCUUCAUCCCCAAAGGGGGGAAACUCAACAGUGCCAAGAAGGAGGCAGCCGCCCCUUCCCAGAGCGGGAUCCCCAAGCCAGGGAUGAAGAGCGUGCCUGUGAAGUCCCCAAGUGCCCCGGCCCCUUCCAAGGAGGGCGAGCGGAGCCGGGCCGGGAAGCCAAGCUCAGGGCUCUCCCAGCAGAAGCCCCAGCUGGACGGCAGACACUCCAGCUCCUCCUCCAGCCUGGCGUCCUCUGAAGGCAGAGGCCCGGGAGCGACCACCCUGAACCACAGCAUCAGCAGCCAGACUGUCAGUGGGUCUGUGGGUACCACCCAGACCACGGGAAGCAAUACUGUCAGUGUUCAGCUACCUCAGCCCCAGCAGCAGUACAGCCACCCCAACACUGCCACAGUCGCACCUUUCCUGUACAGGUCCCAGACAGACACGGAAGGGAAUGUCACUGCCGAGUCCGGCUCUGCAGGCGUGAGCAUGGAGCCAAGCCACUACACCAAGAGUGGACAGCCCGCUCUGGAAGAACUCACCGGGGAAGACCCGGAGGCUCGGCGACUGCGGACGGUGAAAAACAUCGCUGAUCUGCGGCAGAAUUUGGAAGAGACCAUGUCCAGUUUACGGGGAACUCAGGUUACACACAGCACCUUGGAAACCACCUUCGACACCAAUGUCACCACGGAGAUAAGUGGGCGCAGCAUCCUCAGCCUGACGGGGAGACCCACCCCGCUGUCCUGGAGACUCGGCCAGUCCAGCCCGCGGCUCCAAGCGGGAGAUGCCCCUUCUCUGGGCAACGGGUACCCGCCUCGCGCCAACGCCAGCCGCUUCAUCAACACCGAGUCGGGCCGCUACGUGUACUCGGCCCCGCUAAGGAGGCAGCUGGCCCCCAGGGGCAACAGCCUCUGCCACGUGGACGUCUCGGACAAGGCGGGCCCGGACCUGGAGCUGGAGGCCAUCAGCAUGGACGCGCCGGGCUACAUGAGUGAUGGGGAUGUGCUGAGCAAGAACAUGCGCGCCGAGGACCUCACGAGCGGGUACAUGACGGAUGGCGGACUUGGCCUCUACACACGCCGCCUGAACCGGCUCCCCGAUGGCAUGGCCGUGGUGCGGGAGACGCUGCAGAGAAACACCUCCCUGGGCCUCGGAGACGCUGACAGCUGGGAUGACAGCAGCUCCGUCAGUAGCGGGAUCAGCGACACCAUCGACAACCUGAGCACGGAUGACAUCAACACCAGCUCCUCCAUCAGCUCCUAUGCCAACACACCUGCCUCGUCCCGCAAAAAUCUGGAUGUGCAGACCGACGCUGAGAAGCACUCCCAGGUGGAAAGGACUGCCCUGUGGCCUGGCGACGAUGUCAAGAAGUCAGACGGCGGGUCCGACUGCGGCCUAAAGAUGGAGCCAGGUUCCAAGUGGCGGCGGAACCCCUCGGACGUGUCCGACAAGUCGGACAAAAGCACGUCGGGCAAAAAGAACUCCGUCAUCUCACAGACGGGCUCAUGGCGGCGGGGCAUGACUGCUCAGGUGGGCAUCACCAUGCCACGGACAAAGCCCGCCGCCACAGCAGGCACACUGAAGACCCCGGGAACCGGAAAAACAGAUGAUGCCAAGGUGUCUGAGAAAGGAAGGCUGUCCCCCAAAUCCUCCCAAGUGAAGCGUUCCCCAUCCGACGCCGGCCGCAGCAGUGGAGACGAGUCCAAAAAGCCCCUCCCCAGCAACUCCAGGACGCCCACGGCCAAUGGCAACAGCUUUGGGUUCAAGAAGCAGAGUGGCUCAGUGGCGGGUCUGGCCAUGAUCACAGCCAGUGGGGCCACGGUCACGAGCAGGUCCGCCACCCUGGGCAAGAUCCCAAAGUCAUCUGCUCUGGUGGGUCGGUCGGCGGGCCGGAAGACGAGCAUGGAUGGGAUGCAGAAUCAGGACGAUGGUUAUCUGUCUCUCAGCUCUCGUACGAACCUGCAGUACCGGAGUCUGCCGAGGCCCAGCAAGUCGACCAGUCGGAAUGGGGCUGGAAAUAGGUCUAGUACCAGCAGCAUUGAUUCCAACAUCAGCAGCAAGUCAGCAGGUUUGCCUGUGCCCAAGCUGAGAGAGCCUUCCAAGACGGCCCUGGGCAACUCUCUGCCGGGUUUGGUCAACCAGACAGAUAAGGAGAAAGGCAUCCCAUCGGACAAUGAGAGUGUGGCUUCCUGUAACUCAGUCAAGGUGAAUCCUGCCGCCCCACCAUUGUCCAGCGCCGCUCAGGCCUCCCUGCAGCCAGGGGCCAAGUACCCGGAUGUGUCCUCUCCUACUCUCCGAAGACUCUUUGGUGGAAAGCCUACCAAGCAAGUGCCCAUCGCCACAGCUGAAAACAUGAAAAACUCGGUGGUCAUCUCCAAUCCUCAUGCCACCUUGACCCAGCAAGGGAACUUAGAGUCCCCCUCAGGCAGCGGCGUCCUGAGCAGCGGGAGCAGCAGCCCUCUCUACAGUAAGAACGUGGAUGUCAGCCAGUCUCCGCUAGCCUCCAGCCCCAGCUCGGCCCACUCGGGCCCCUCCAACAACAGCCUCGCGUGGGGCACCACCGCCAGCAGUUCGUCUGCAGUUAGCAAGGACGGCCUGGGCUUCCAGUCCGUCAGUAGCCUUCACACCAGCUGCGAGUCCAUUGACAUUUCCCUCAGCAGCGGAGGGGCACUGAGCCACAAUUCCUCCACGGGCCUCCUCGCCUCCUCUAAGGACGACUCUCUGACGCCCUUUGUUCGAACCAACAGUGUGAAGACCACACUGUCAGAAAGCCCUCUCUCUUCCCCUGCUGCUAGCCCUAAGUUCUGCAGAAGUACUCUGCCCAGGAAGCAGGACAGUGACCCGCACCUUGAUAGGAACACUUUGCCUAAGAAAGGACUCAGGUAUACUCCCACCUCCCAGCUUCGCACACAAGAAGAUGCAAAAGAAUGGCUGCGGUCCCACUCGGCGGGCGGCCUGCAGGACCCAGCCGCCAAUUCCCCCUUUUCCUCCGGUUCCAGUGUGACCUCCCCCUCGGGAACGAGAUUCAACUUUUCCCAGCUUGCGAGUCCCACCACGGUCACCCAGAUGAGCUUGUCCAACCCGACCAUGCUGAGGACCCACAGCCUGUCCAACGCCGAUGGACAGUAUGACCCCUACACGGACAGCCGCUUCCGGAAUAGCUCUAUGUCCCUGGAUGAAAAGAGCAGGACCAUGAGCCGCUCAGGCUCUUUCCGGGAUGGGUUUGAAGAAGUUCAUGGAUCCUCCCUUUCCCUGGUUUCGAGCACAUCAUCAAUUUAUUCUACACCGGAAGAAAAGUGCCAGUCUGAGAUUCGCAAGCUACGGCGGGAGCUGGACGCCUCCCAGGAGAAGGUCUCUGCCCUGACCACUCAACUGACCGCAAAUGCACAUCUUGUGGCAGCUUUCGAACAGAGCCUAGGAAACAUGACCAUCAGGCUGCAGAGUCUGACCAUGACGGCCGAGCAGAAGGAUUCGGAGCUGAAUGAGUUAAGGAAAACCAUUGAGCUGCUGAAGAAACAGAACGCAGCUGCUCAGGCUGCUAUUAAUGGAGUGAUUAACACCCCAGAACUCAACUGCAAAGGCAACGGCCCCUCACAGUCGGCUGACCUCCGCAUCCGCAGGCAGCACUCCUCUGAUAGCGUCUCCAGCAUCAACAGUGCCACCAGCCAUUCCAGCGUGGGUAGCAACAUAGAGAGCGACUCCAAGAAGAAGAAGAGAAAGAACUGGUUACGCAGCUCCUUCAAGCAAGCUUUCGGGAAGAAGAAGUCCCCCAAGUCAGCUUCCUCUCAUUCAGACAUCGAGGAGAUGACAGAUUCUUCCUUGCCUUCAUCACCAAAGUUGCCACAUAACGGCUCCACGGGCUCCACUCCACUGCUGAGGAAUUCUCAUUCCAACUCUCUGAUUUCUGAGUGCAUGGACAGCGAAGCCGAAACGGUCAUGCAGCUCCGAAAUGAACUGAGAGACAAGGAGAUGAAGCUCACGGACAUCCGCCUUGAAGCCCUCAGCUCUGCGCACCAGCUCGACCAGCUCCGGGAGGCCAUGAACCGGAUGCAGAGUGAAAUCGAGAAGCUGAAGGCGGAAAACGACCGACUGAAGUCGGAGUCCCAGGGCAGCGGCUGCAGCCGGGCCCCCUCCCAGGUGUCCCUAUCAGCCUCCCCCCGGCAGUCCCUGGGCCUCUCCCAGCACAGCCUGAACCUCACAGAGUCCACCAGCCUGGACAUGUUGCUGGAUGACACUGGUGAAUGCUCGGCUCGGAAGGAAGGAGGCAGGCAUGUUAAGAUAGUUGUCAGCUUUCAGGAGCAAAUGAAGUGGAAGGAGGAUUCCAGACCACACGUCUUUCUUAUUGGCUGCAUUGGAGUCAGUGGCAAGACGAAGUGGGAUGUGCUCGAUGGGGUGGUUAGACGGCUGUUCAAAGAGUACAUCAUUCACGUGGACCCGGUGAGUCAGCUGGGGCUGAAUUCUGACAGUGUCCUCGGCUACAGCAUUGGAGAGAUCAAGCGCAGCAACGCUUCCGAAACCCCGGAGCUGCUCCCGUGCGGCUACCUGGUGGGCGAGAAUACCACCAUCUCGGUGGCCAUCAAAGGGCUCGCAGAGAACAGCCUGGACUCGCUGGUGUUCGAGUCCCUCAUCCCCAAGCCCAUCCUGCAACGCUACAUCUCCCUGCUGGUGGAGCAUCGGCGCAUCAUCUUGUCGGGCCCCAGUGGCACUGGGAAGACCUACCUGGCCAACCGCCUCUCCGAGUACCUGGUCCUGCGGGAGGGCCGCGAGCUGACAGAUGGCAUCAUCGCCACCUUCAACGUGGACCAUAAGUCCAGCAAGGAGCUGCGCCAGUACCUGUCCAACCUUGCUGACCAGUGCGCCAGCGAGAACAGCGCCGGGGACAUGCCGCUCGUCAUUAUCCUGGACAACCUGCACCAUGUCAGCUCCCUGGGCGAGAUCUUCAAUGGGCUGCUCAACUGCAAGGACCACAAAUGCCCGUACAUCAUCGGCACCAUGAACCAGGCUACCUCCUCCACACCCAACCUCCAGCUGCACCACAACUUCCGGUGGGUGCUCUGUGCCAACCACACAGAACCUGUGAAGGGGUUCCUAGGCCGCUUCCUGAGGCGGAAACUCAUGGAGACGGAGAUCAGUGGGCGAGUGCGGAAUGUGGAGCUGGUGAAGAUCAUUGACUGGGUCCCCAAGGUGUGGCAUCACCUCAACCGCUUCCUGGAGGCACACAGUUCCUCGGAUGUCACCAUCGGCCCCCGGCUCUUCCUGUCCUGCCCCAUCGACGUGGAUGGCUCCAGAGUAUGGUUCACAGACCUGUGGAAUUACUCCAUCAUCCCCUACCUCCUGGAAGCCGUUAGAGAAGGACUCCAGCUCUAUGGGAGACGUGCCCCCUGGGAGGACCCUGCCAAGUGGGUGAUGGACACCUACCCGUGGGCUGCCAGUCCCCAGCAGCACGAGUGGCCGCCCCUUCUGCAGCUCCGGCCGGAGGAUGUGGGUUUCGACGGCUACUCUGUGCCCCGGGAGGGGUCGGCGAGCAAGCAGAUGCCCCCCAGUGAUGCCGAAGGAGACCCACUGAUGAACAUGCUGAUGCGGCUGCAAGAGGCGGCCAACUACUCCAGCCCCCAGAGCUACGACAGCGACUCCAACAGCAACAGCCACCACGACGACAUCCUGGACUCGUCCCUGGAGUCGACCCUGUGAGCGGGCCCAGCCGCCUCUCUCCGCCUCAUCCCCUUCCAUCCUCCGCGCCCUCCCGAAGAUGACCUCCUGAGCCACCCCUCCGGCCGCAGCGUGACAGCUGCAGGG